AAUGAUUAUUUGUAAUUUUAAAUCUUACCAAAAUUGUCGGCCCUUGGAACCGUUCAUCAUACCUGUCCACCAGAUGGCGUUUCGAUUUCCGCAAAAACACAGGACAUGCGAUAAUGCAGGUGUGAUAUUUACUGAAACAGCUCAGCUCAGUGUCGAGGGAAGAAGUAUGGCUAAACGACGGGUCAGAUGAAACAUGACUUAUCAUGGUGCACUCAAAGAAAACAAUACAUUUACUGGGAGACAUUAAGUACUGAAGCAAAGGUAAAAAAAAAAAAUCACAAUCACGCCAGUGAAAAAUGGCCAAGGAUGAAGAUAUCGACCAGGGACCUACAACAGACACCCCCACAACCCCGCCUCCCCCCGCCAUUGGGUACCCGGAACACGACGAGGGCGGGGGGCGUUCCUCUACAGACUUUGUAGCCGCUGUGACGGUGGCCAUACUUGCAGUGAUCAUUGUGAUAACAUGCGUGCUGGUAGCCCGCGCCAUUCGGAAGCGACGGCGAGCUAGACAAGGAACAAGAAUGGAUCAGCGCAUACCCGCCAUAUCAACAGGAGUCAUGGGAACUCCUGCUGCAGCAUACAGCAAUAUUCAUAUCAGCCAACCAACGCCUUCCUCUGCAGUCAGCUGGGAACCAAUAGAAACUCGGCAAUAUUCGGAAUAUACAACCCGUGAUUUAUUUCCCGUUGAAACCAACCAAUCCGCGAACGAUCCUGGCGAUGUCUCCUCCAAUCAGACAGAGAGUUCAUAAAUUUUAUAUUUUUAACUAUUGAUACUCUCCGGUAUAUUUGCUCAACCAUUACAGUUUAUUUAUAAGAUGUAUGUGUAACAAAACAUUAUACCACACAUUUUGAUAUCACACAUGUUGGUUUUAUUUUGAUUGUUAUUUGAAUCUCAUGUAUAACUGAACAAAAUGUUGUAGUACAAUUGUCGACCAUGUUUAACUUUAUUCUGUGAUACAAGCAUAUUUUUUCGUUUUACGUGUUAGUACCACACAAACAUUUCAUGCAUAUAUGAUAUUUAAAAAUCAUUACGUUAUCUACAUCUUAAAUUAAAUAGUCUGUACAUGUACUAUUUUGUUGAUAUUGUAUGAAGUACUAGCAAACACAAUAUUCAACAAAACAUGGUUAUUUUGAGAAUACCGGUAUAUGAAUUUAACGAAUAUGCUUGUAUGUACCAUUAAAUUAAAAACCUGUAAAGAUAUAUUUACAAUGGUGAUGCAUUUUAUAUACAGUUAUGCAUUUAUAUUAAAUUAUUUUUUAAAACUGCC